CAAAUAAGAAACUGAAUGUAAAAACAAAAGAAUUAAAAAAAGGAAACCUAAUUGAUAUUUCCCAGUCAAAUCGAACAGUUUGCCCAGUAAUUACUCAUAUCAUCUUUUCAUGUCAAUCAGCUGCGCCUGUUCAAAGAUAGCAUUUCUCAAAGAUUUCCAUGUACCUGCUAUCCUUGACUACUCACUUCUUCAUCCUAAAAACGAUUUCAAUUCGGAUUUUCUCUCCAUCUUCCUUCCGGAUCUAUUACUCUAAGGACCAGUGCUUCCCCCACCAGUUAUGAUUCUUCCCUUUUCUCUAAUACUUCUUUUGCUAGUUUAUGGGCUUGAGUAUUCUCCGAUCUAUGGAUAAACUGGAAAGUAACCUCUUGAACACUGGUUCUUUUUGUCUGUAUAUCUUGAAUAAUCAACUAACUUGUCCAUUUCUGUCGAUUGGCAUUUUUAACGACUGUUUUCGAGUUCCCCUUUAUUGUUGUUGUAGUUAACCCUGUUUCUAUUACUAACUUGAUGGCAUCUAAUCCUGCAUGGGCUUCUGCUACGAACCGGAAGGGAAUAUUUUCAUGAAGAAUUAUCUUUGAGCCUUUUAAUACACCCAGCUGGUCCCGAACCACUAAACUCGAAGCCGAUCUAUAAUUUCUCUUGUCGAAGGCUGCAUCAAACUAUAUCGUUGUACUCACUGUCGCCACUGUUUGGCCAUGAGCUUUUUCGGUAAUAGAGGUAUUUAGGGUUUUGGAUGAGCUCUGCAAACUCCCUUGAUCUUCAGCUCAUUCUGUAGAGGCAACGGAGUAAUGCGGAAAGGUCAGUCUGAUUUGUCAUUAGUUGAAGAAGUUGGUAGGAGAGGCAACAUGAGAGAAAGCUGUCAUUUGAAGAAAGGGCCUUGGACUUCAGCAGAAGACGCGAUUCUGGUGGACUAUGUAAAGAAGCAUGGUGAGGGAAAUUGGAAUGCUGUCCAGAAACACUCUGGACUUUCACGAUGUGGGAAAAGCUGUCGCCUGCGUUGGGCAAACCACCUAAGGCCGGAUUUGAAGAAGGGCAUGUUUACUCCAGAGGAAGAGCGUCGUAUAGUUGAGCUACAUGCUAAGUUGGGAAACAAAUGGGCACGAAUGGCUGCAGAGUUGCCUGGACGAACUGAUAAUGAGAUAAAGAACUUCUGGAAUACAAGAAUUAAGAGACUGCAACGUGCUGGCUUGCCAAUUUACCCUCCUGAUGUGUGCUUGCAAGUAAAUUUAAGUCAAGAAGAGAGUCAUAACGUGGUUUCAACGCCAAAUCAGGACUCCUUUGGUUCCAAUCUCGUGCAGUCAGAUGCUUUUGAGAUUCCACAUGUGGAAUUUGAGAAUUUAGAGCUCAACCAACAAUUUUUAUCUUAUUCACCCGAACUUCUCAACAUUCCUCCAAAAACUAUUGGUUUGUCCAACGGUUAUGGCCAUGUGUUCCCAAUGGCAUUCCCUCCGAAGCAUCUUCAGGAAAGUGUCAGCAACUAUAUGUCAUUGCCCAACCAAAUGACUGAUUUUGCUUGCAAGGAAAAUUUUGAUGAGCCCUACAAGUCAUCUUCUCCAUAUGAUUCUGAUUUCAGUACCAAUGACCAAUCAUCAUUUGGUAUACCUCCUGGCAGUGAUGCCCUUCUAAAUAGUAAUUUCUCUCCUUCUGAGCCCUUGUCCGGGCCUAUGAACUUGGAGCUCCCUUCAUACCAAUAUUCAGAUAAUCAACAAGAUAGCUGGGUCAAUUCUUCAGUCCCGCUACCUUUGGUUGAGUCUGUUGAUACUCUGAUCCAGUCCCCUCCAAUGAAGCGGGCUAAGUCAGAAUGUUUUGCACUACAAAACAGUGGUCUGCUUGAAGCUGUACUUUACGAGUCAAAGAAGCUUAAUAGCUCAAAGGAUGAUUCUCGUCAGCAGUCUUCUAAUUUGAUGCUUGACGAUGUUGCUGAUUUUCACCUGAAGGAUUGUGAAUUAGAAUUCGAAGCACACUGCGACCCGAAUUCUCCUUCAGCUCUUUCUGCUGCAUCCGUUCUUAGUGAGCACACUCCUGUUAGUGGAAGCUCAUUGGAUGAUGAAUCACAGUUUGUUGAGAGCAUUCUGGGAGGCAACGGCAAGAAUGAAACUCCGAAUCAUAUGGCUAUUUCUGGACUAGAUGAUUUUCUGGGACGUGGUCAGUUUGGUCAUGACAAUGGGUGCGUGAACGAUAAACCCAUUGUAACAGAUGUUAUAGCGGCUCUUCUCGGUGAAGAUACUUGCUGUGGCAACUAGCAAACUCGUCUUGUAUUCGAGAUGAAAGUGGUGGUGCCAAGUGCGUUUAUGGCACUCUGAACAAAUUGGCUGAUGUUGGAUGUAGCACUUGAAGUAACAGAUUGUGCGAGUUUGAUUUUCUAUGGUGCUCAGUUCACGAGAGAACAUGAUGCUCAAAGACCAAAUUGAUUGCAAACAUUCAUAUCAGCGGUGUAAGUCUUACUAUUUUAGUGACAUUAAUUGCACCUCAAUUCGACAAUGAGAGUUUUAUCUUAGCUUUUGCGAUUAGAUGAAAAAGCAUUUUUUAUUGUAAAAGUAUAGUGUUUUUCAUUGUUUCUACAAUAAAAAAACAUAUUUAUUUCAAGUCUUUUUCCACCGUAAUGAAAAACAGUUUUAUAGGUUGAAAA